GGCGGCGGGCUCCCAACUCCUCUCCGCCUCCAAGGAGCGCUUCCCGGGCCAGUCGGUCUAUCACAUCAAGUGGGUCCGCUGGAAGGAGGAGAACACGCCGGUCAUCACCCAGAACGAGAACGGGCCCUGCCCGUUGCUGGCCAUCAUGAACGUGCUACUCCUGGCUUGGAAGAUUAAACUGCCACCAAUGAUGGAAAUCAUAACAGCCGAACAGCUGAUGGAAUACUUAGGAGACUAUAUUCUUGAUGCAAAGCCUAAAGAGAUAUCUGAAAUUCAGCGUGUAAAUUAUGAGCAGAAUAUGAGUGAUGCAAUGGCGAUUCUACAUAAGUUACAGACGGGUCUGGAUGUCAAUGUGAAGUUUACAGGUGUACGAGUAUUUGAAUACACACCUGAAUGCAUAGUGUUUGAUCUUCUUGAUAUCCCUUUGUACCAUGGAUGGUUAGUGGAUCCUCAGGUUGCUGACAUAGUAAAAGCAGUUGGUAACUGCAGUUACAAUCAGCUCGUGGAGAAGAUAAUUUCUUGUAAACAGUCAGACAACAGUGAACUGGUUAGUGAAGGAUUUGUAGCUGAGCAAUUUCUAAAUAACACAGCUACGCAGUUGACAUACCAUGGACUGUGCGAGUUGACUUCAGCUGUCCAGGAGGGAGAGCUUUGUGUGUUCUUCAGGAACAACCAUUUUAGCACCAUGACCAAAUACAAGGGUCAGCUUUACCUGCUAGUGACAGACCAGGGCUUUCUUACAGAAGAGAAAGUUGUCUGGGAAAGCUUACACAAUGUGGAUGGCGAUGGAAACUUCUGUGAUUCUGAAUUCCACCUACGGCCUCCAUCAGACCCCGAAACUGUCUACAGAGGGCAGCAGGAUCAAAUAGAUCAAGAUUAUCUGAUGGCAUUGUCUCUACAACAAGAGCAGCAGAAUCAAGAGAUCAACUGGGAGCAGAUCCCAGAAGGAAUCAGUGAUCUAGAGCUGGCAAAGAAGCUCCAGGAAGAGGAGGACAGGAGAGCUUCUCAGUACUAUCAGGAGCAAGAACAAGCAGCUGCCCAGGUCCAGCAGGUGCAAGGUGCUGCUUCUCCAGCAAGUGGAAGACAAUCUGGGAGUAAUGAACGCAAACGUAAAGAGCCUCGAGAGAAAGAGAGAGAAAAAGAGAAGAACAGCUGUGUUCUCUUGUAAUAGAAAAUGGAUUUAGUCCGGAGCCAAGUGCAUGUCCUCAGAAGCAAAAACAAGGAAUAAAAAGGAAGACAAACCCGUUACAUGCCGCCUGUGCCUGAUUACCCCAUGGAUUUUGUUCACGUUUCCAGAGAGGAUGGGUGACUUUGUUACAAUCAUACAGACUUUCUUCAAAGUCCUAGUGCGUGCUGCUCAAGAUGGAUUUCCAAACCACAGUUGGAUGCGGCUGUGCUUUGAGUUAGUCAUAAUAUUGCACCUUGUAGCUGAACACACAAAUCAUGGCAAGUUUUGUGUCAUAGUGACAUCCAUUACUCAUUACAUCAGCUAUUAAGCUAUUUUAUCUUCUACUCUAAACAAAGGAGGUAAUUUGUUUUGUGUAAGACUUUUUGCUGAAGUCUGUACACUAGCACAACAGAAUUCUGUGUUACUUACAUGGUAUGAAACUAUAUCUUAGCCUGGGUAUAGUCUUCAUGACACAAGAGCCCGAAUAACAGCUGGGCACUGCCUCCUCAAUGUGUCCAGAUUUCUUUGCUUCUGGAUCUGGUAUGUUUGGUUUUCUGAACCCAGAUUUAUACUGUGUUACUGCUAUCAUUGCACCUCCUGGCCAGCUUUCUUGCCCCAAGAAUACAUGACUUGAUAGGCAUCAUACAAAAAAUUGUCAUAGAAAAUGGGGCAUUUAUUAAUAAGCAAGACAAAUAUUGUUUGCUUUUCUUGCAAUUACAAACUGGGUAUGGCAACUCAGAUGUUAUCAGGGUUAAACAAGUAAUUUUAUAGGUAACUUCCUUUUCUUUUAGUAUUUUUUCUCUUGUAGGUAAACUGGACCAGAUAAGUUCUUAUUUAUUGACCUCUCCAUGUGAUAGUUGAAUGAUGAGAGGAAACUAAGGUCUAUAAUAAUCAUUAUUCUAUGUAAGAAUGCAGAGUUAAAAUAACUAACUAUCUGCCUUUUUUCCAGAAGUACCUUGAACUUUAACAUGACGUUAACAUGUCCACUUGUAUAUUUAAGCAGGUGUACUGUAGUUAAAACACUUUUUUUUGUUUGUUUUAUAAAUGAUGUAUCCUUAAAAAGCACACUUCUGAAGGGUGGGAGAGAAGCUAGGCUGCUCUCUAAGAUUGUUUGGAAAGGUGGUCAGGUGUAAUAUUUUGUUUUUUAAAUCACUAAUUUAGAAUUUUUGGAAACCACAUUUUUCUAAUUUAUGGGAACCAAAUAAACAUGUUGCGUCUUGUAGUAUUUAUAGAAUACAGAAAAAGAACACUUGCUGAAUUUUGAGGGAACCACAAAUCUUCCUCCACUUCCAUUAAGUGAAUAACAAAUACCUUCUUGCUGAACCUUUUUGAUAAAAAAUUUCUAUUUAGCAAUUUAUAGAUACUUUUGAAAAAGGCUGCUUCUCCUGGACAAGUUCUGUAUUCAUGCUCUAAGCCUGGGUAAGUGCAUUAGAAUGCGAUAAUCUGGGAAAGAUAAGGCAGCCAGGUGGAAUAUGACAUUCCUGGUUUCAGGGGUUUGGAGAAUGCCUGUAAGAGAGAGGGUGUCUAAACACAAAGUCACUGGUAAAAAGCUGCUUUACAGUUAUUUCAAGCAGUCUUGCUGCAGUGAUGGGAAGCAGUCAUCACAUAAGUAUGUUACAAACCUAGAAUGAAAAUUAGACAGAUAAAGGAAGAAUGUCUUAUAAACUAAAAGGCCAGUUUGUAUAACUUUUUUCUUCCAUGCCUUUUUCUUGUUUGUUUGAUUUUUUCCACUUUUGUUACAAUUUCCCUUUUAUAAUAAUGAAGUAAUGACCAGUAGGAGGUGUCUGAUACUCAAACUGUAAAUUUAAAAAUUUCUCUAUUCUCUAGAAAAGUCAUGCCCAGAAAAGUAAUUUUAAUACUUAAUGUAUGCAGUUCAGAUAAUUUUCUAUGUCAAAGCAAAGGUUGACGUCUUUUUUCCUUUGCAGCAGCCUAACUUCUUCAAACAAAUUAAUGUGAUGGAGGAUCACCAACAUGACUUAUCUACUUUAAGCAGAUCAGAAAAUAUUCCAAUAGUGUCAAUAACAAAGACUUUAAGCCAGAAUGUUGUUUAAAAACAUUCUGUUACUAAGAUUUUUCCAAAUUUGUGUAUUUACAUUUAUUUAUUGACCUUGAAAAAUAAAUAUGUCGAGUUAAGUGUUUGUUAUCUUAUUAUUUUCAGUGACAGUAUUGCCACUUUAAAUUCCUUUUUGAACAAAUUUAGCUGGAAUAGGCAUUGUGGCUAUUGAGUAUUUGCCUAAGAUACUUGCUCAUAUUAGAAGAAUUCAUGUAACUUUUCCAGUUUCAGACAGAUGUGCCUGAAACCUGGUAUACUGUAGUUACAGUAAAAUUGUCAUUUGGUCACAAAGGAAGAAGAGUUAAAUGUCAAUGCUCAUCAUAAAGUCUGAACUCCCAGAUAAUUCAGUUUUUCUUUUAAUAAAGGAGUAAAGAGUUUCAGGUUAUUUGAGAUAAGAGGCAUGCUAUGCAAACAGUUUUCUGUUAAUAUCCUUUUUUCUUUACAGGUCUUGAAGCUUUGGAAAAAAGGUAAAGAAUUCCUGAAAUUUAGGGCAUUGUUCUGCAUGAGUUGAGCUUGUUUGUUAGUGGCAAAAGUUACAAGCAGAUGAGCUUGUUAAUAUCCAAAAUGAAAUACAUCUGGAAGCUUAAUCUAUACCCUCCUGUGACUAACCAUUCCAAAAGCAACUGUCACAGUUGGUAUCUAUGACAGUAUUUGAUGAUCAAAAAAACUGAACAGAAUUGCUUUUAUCUGUAACAGUCAGCUUGGAAAACAAUAUUACAAAGCACUCAUGGAGUACCAGAAAGACGAUGUCUACUUCUGACUAUUCAUAUGCACUUUUUGAAGCUCGUUCUGGCAAAAGGGUACAGAUUUAUACUUUAAAUCUGUUUAUACAACUUAGCAUGCACAUGCUCCAAAUAACUACAUAAUAUAUAUGAAACUGUCCAGAAAAGUAGAGUAGAACUUGUUUUCCACUAGAUAAAAGCUAGCGCAGAAAACAGAAUCAUAGAUAUUUUUGUUGUCGUCGUUGCAUUGUAGUUGUGAAAUAAAAAAUGCUAAAUACAAGUAUUCUUAAAAUUAGCCAAAAAUUGAGCACUGCCAUAGUGAUAAAUGUUUUUCUAAAAGGCACUUUUUAAAUGCUCAAAUAUACCACUUUUCUUGUGAUGUUUAUAUGGAAUCUGUGACUCAACGAAGCAGAUCCAAAGGAAGAUUCUAACACCAGAGGAUGAAAUCAGCAUUCCUGAAAAUUCACUUAAACACAAUGCAAAAAAAUAUAUUUUGUAGCUAGCCAUCUAGUUAAUCUAAUAAAGCGUGUGUUCAGAUUGUCUUCACAGAGCUCUUCUUGUGGAUCACAGGCACACGAGCUGAAAGUGAAGCGUAUGCUCUGCUGUGUACACUUGCCUUGGAUUGCCAGUCAAUCUCCACACUCCUUUUUGGUAUUUCACGUUAUUGUCAAAUGUUUCUUCAAACUUGUGUACACAAGUUCAUGAAAAAAUUUUCCAGUAUGUAAUAAAAGGUAAUUUGAGUUCUUCAAAUUGAAUCUUCUGGUGUAUUCAGCAGGAAAUACUUGAGUAAAAAGUGAAGCUGGUGUACUUUGAAGCGAACCUUUCUUUCCUGCUCUAGUAGCUCUAUAACCCAAAGCCAGCUCAUUGCUUAGAUCGGCUUUCUUACCAUUAGGAUGCUUAUCAUAGCCAAUUGCUGAAGUUUAUACAAAGUACAUCCUUAAAUACAACAUAAUUAAGAGCUGUAUUUAUUUUAUGUAAAAGUAGACUUUAAGGCUGUAACCUUAAACAGCAGCUGACCCGGGAAAUGCAAGUUAAUUAAUGCAGUAUCCUCAUUAGAAAGCGUAUUAGAGAAAAGCAAACCUGACAAGCCUUAGUUUGGUUGCAAUAUCACGCUCCCAUUUUUCCAUCUAUGCUAUGAUAGCAAGACCUUGGUGACCAGAAAAAUGUGACAGUGAGAAAUGUUCCUAUAGUCCAACGACAGCACAUGUCACAUUUGUGUGAGAACUUAACCAUAGGCGUGUUACCUCGUGAGUCAGUGCAGUUCCUCUCUAAGCACCCCUGGCAAUAGCCUCUCGGCAGCCGUGUUCUGAGUGAGAGAACCUGGGGAGAUCAAUGACGUGCUCUCACACGAAAGCAUUUACACAGAAAUCUAUUUGAUGUUUAUUUCCAUAGUGUUUCCAUACAGCUCCUGCUGCUUCACAGCUUGUUCUUACGGUUGUCCAGUGGAAAAGCAACAUAAAUUUAAGCUCUAACUGUCAUCUGCUGCGAUGAGGAAGAAGUGCUGUAGAGGAAUGCUGAGGAGGAGAGACAGGCUGGAACUUAGAGGUCCGUGUACUACCUUUUGAGAUUGUAUAGGAGAUUUGUCCUUAAUUUUGCUGUUAUUUUAGACACAAAUAGCUGUAGCACAGCAUGCAGUGGCCAGAUCUUCUCACCCAGGUAAUGAAUUAUGUCAUGGGGGUUGGCAGUGUCUGUCCCUGCACAGGCUGUUCCUCACUCAUAAUGCUUCUAGGUCAAGACUGGCUGUUCUGCCCCUCUAAUAACUGAAAAUAUUUUUAUUAAAUGUCAGUUCUCUACUGUUCUAUUUUGGCGAUUAAGUCAGCUCUAUCACUGUGAGCUCUCCUGACCUGGAGAGGCAGCUCUAGAAAACUUGCUGAAACCUAAAGGUUCUUUACUGCCCUUACAGUUCCUCUUCUGGUUUGUAGGAUCACUGGUGCUCACAUGUUGAACUGAGCAAUUCCUUGGGCUUUCAGGUUAAGAACUUUAGUUCAUUAUCUUUAGAAGUCAAGAUCCAAUGUUUACCUCUCUUUGACAGCAUAGAAAAUUUAAAAAAAAAAAAAAAAGCUAGGUUUGGGAAACCCACAGGGAACAACUUAGAAAAGUUUCAGUAAUCAAAUCAACUGAAAGGUUUGCUGGCUUAGUAUAAACAGUAUGCUUGCAAAAUAAUUUAUUGUAACAAUAUGAUGAAAAUAAAGGCAUCUGUUUCUCUAAAUGUAGUCUGCUGCUAAAACAUGAAAUAAGGCACUGCAGCUGCUUUCCUUCACUGGUCAAGUCCUGCAUUGAAGGAAGGCGGUGGUGGUGGUGUGGCAAACAGUCUUGCUGGGGCCAAAAGUGAGUGAAACAUGAUUGUUCGAUACAGUCAAACAUUAUGCCAAAUGUAUAUAUACAGAUUUUGGGACUGGACAGGGACACAAACUCAUGGAAGUUUUAUAUUUCUUUAAUUAAUCUCUCCAGAACUGUCUUCUAGUGCUGACCCACUUUCAGUUUAGGUCCCAUCCAGCCUAAGUGAUACUUGUUGUGAAGCUCAGAAAUACGAGACGGGAUCUAUCAGUGUCUCAGGAGAAGAUGCCUUCAGCUCAUACAAACUCAGUUCUCCAUCAGAGCUGGAUGGAGUGAUGUGAUACUGAGUCUGCUUCAACUUGAACUUCAUGUUCUCUUUUCUUGUCGAAGCAAUUAGUAAAACUUGCAUAGCUUUUUGAGUUAAAUCUUCAGCUAUAACGUUUUAAAGUUAAGAUAAUGCUAAGCAGUCUUGAAAAUUUCACCUGAUGUAGUUUAGCAUUUUUAGAUUUCUUCUAAAUGUGUUUCAGAAUAAGCUUCUGUUGACUUUUGUGCUGGUUCACUGGCACAUGCAAGGAAAGGGUCAAAAUUGCAAUUAGAAGAAACCACUGUGUCAGUAAACUUAAAUCAGUCUGAGUAAUGGGUACAUGCUGGGUUUGGCAUCUCUUGUUUUGGGGAACUCCAAAAUAACAAUAUGAAAACAGACAGUUUUUCCCCUUUAUAUGAACAGACCAUAUCUAGUCAUUAAUAUUUGUAUCAAAUAGUUUUUCUUAGGUCUUGCUUACGCUGUCCAGUCUGUGAGGCUGAUGAGCUCCUGUUUGUGCUUGUGAUGCAGUGACUGCUGCUGAGCGCUCAGAAAUAACACUGACCAGACCAGGAUUUGCACUCACCCACUCUGGUGCUCUUGAAUACAAGAGCCGUAGAACCACUAAAGGAAAACUCUAAAUAAAGCUUUUUACCAUUACCAAAACGUUCUAUUUGGCAAUGGUAAAUUAUAAAAGUUAAUGGAAAUUAUAAAAUCAGAUGUAAGAAAAUGUUAGCGCUGUUUCAGGUUGCACUCUCUGAACGCCGGCUGAGCAGGAGUUUGAAGAUGAGCUGUGAGAGCAGCUACUGGGGAAAGGUGCUCCCAGCUGGUGUCCCCUUCCCUUCCUGACAGAGCAGUUUGCCCAGGUGUCACCGUGCCAUCUGUAGCUAGUGUCAUGCUGGGGACGUGGUGAGAUGGACUUCUCCAUGUCAGGUAUGAAUUCCAAAUACCUGUUGUCAUUAAUGACAACAUACUAUGAUUUAUUAUCUGUGCCAGCUAUAAUAAAACUAUCCUGAUUAUUCCUGCCCAUGCUGUAAGUGUACAUGCUGUUGUGAAAGAAAUACAGAAAAUUAGAUUAAUGCUUUCCUAACAGACUUUGAGACUACCUUGAAACAUUCUUUGUAAUACCAUCUUUCCCAGUCUUAGGAAAUUAAAGACUGCAGAAAAGUUUCUGAAGAACUCUAAUGAUUUGACACAAUGUUUUACUUGUCUUGUAGUAUGUCUAUAAGGAACAUAAUAUUAUUUAAAAAAAAACCCCAAACACCUUAAGAUUUGAUUUUGUAAGAUAACAGUGUAUUUUGCUAUAUAUGUUGCAGUCACCUUUUAGAACUAUCGUCAGACUGCUUCAUCAGUAGCAAACCUACGCUGUACAAACUUCACCAGGAUUUAACAAAUAUUAGGAAAAGAAUUAUUUCUAAACAAAAGAACGCAAUGUUUUGGCUUUUUACUAUCUUGCCUUGUGAACUGCAAUAGUGAACAGUUCUGGACUGCCUCAGUCACAGUCAUUCGUGGUGGCUGGAUGCCUCUUGGCAUCCUUUGAAACUUUGGGAGCAGCAUUGCAACACUUAGCACUUGUCCUAAAUCUUCUUUUAUUAAGUAUCUACUCAGUCCAGUUCACGUUACUGGAUACAGCCAGAAGGCACAUGGUGUUUCAUUGUAGACUUACACAAGCCAAUUUCAUAAUUUACUUAACAUUUUUCAUAGUUAAUUACCAACACGUUAGCUCUGCAAGCAGAGAGCUGGGAGAAGCAACUGCCUGUACUUCCCACUGCGGUGGGAGCUUCCAGAGGUGCAGAGGAAGCUGGUGACCAGUACUAGGCUUCUGAAAAAUCUCAGACCAAAUAGGAAAGUUCCAUCUAUGCUGUUUCUACCAUAUAUUUUUUUAAGAGGAAAGCUACUGUUUGAUUAUUCUGUGCAUUUUUAGGAAAAAAAAAAAAAAAAAGCUCAGUUUUGAAUUUAACUGUGAUUUUGCUAGCUUUUCAGCAUGUGACCUGUUAAGCAUUUUGUGCCUAUUUUCAAUGGAACUUCAUUUUUUCUCUGCAGUAUUUUGGUGUCAGGGCAUCAACUGGUCUCUUAAUUUUAGGGCUUUUGUUAUUGCAGUUUAACCAGAGCCAAAAGAAGCUGGUUUGUAUUAAUUACUGGUUUUGUUUACAAUUGCGUUUUAGUGAAAUCCUUCAGCCUGACAGUUCAAAACCAGGUCCUGUGUGAGAUGAGUAACAGUGUGGGGAUUUGGCCAGUUGCAGCCCUGGUAGACUUUACAAUAGAGUCGUAUUUACUAUAGGAAAAUGUUGCUGUGGAAAUAAAAUCCUUCUUUUGCUUGGAACAGUAUAGUAGCUGCUUGUCUUUGAGACCACUGCAGAUACAGUGAACCAAUGAACCUGCUUGUGAAUUUUUUAACUACUUACAGUUCAGCAUUUGCAUUUUUUUUUAUCAUGAAUAGUUGAAAUAAUUACACAUUUGCAUUUCGUAUACUCGGUUUCCAGCAGUAUGCUUGCAUUUCUAGGUUUCUAACAUGCUUUCUCUUUGAGGCUGGGAGGCAAAAAUAACUUUUGAGAACCCAUUGGUAACUCUUUACAUUAAGCUGAAGAGUGUGACUGGUGCCACAGUCACAGCACAGAGGUUCAGCCAACGAGCGGGACGCUGGGUUUGACACAGCCUGUACCUGCAAAAGGAAAGCUGGGAACGCUCCCCCCGGCCCCUGGCAGAUCCCGUCUGACAAAUGAUGGCACCCGUCACUGGCUUUUUCCCCUAUAUUUUGGCAGUGUGUAAUCACUGUUUACAGGUCACGCCUCAAAGGAUGUGAUAGUGGUACUUAAAUAGAAAGUGUCAAGUGUCUUGUGCUGUCCCAGAGAAAUAAAACCUACAUCUGUUGCUACUUGCUCAGCACUAGUUCUUCCACAGCCACUGAAUGUAACUACCUUUCAGUUACUGGCUUUAUAAGGGAGUGAACAAUGCAGCAUCACUUCCUUCACAAUAACCUGGCAGAGCUUUAAUGUUAAAUGACAGACUUUUGGGUUAUCUUUCAUAUUACAGCUUUUAGUAAAAGAUGUUCUUAUCAAAGUUUUCAUAAAUAAUUUUUGAUUAUCCUUUUAUCUGGUGAAUAGAUGCACAGCUAUUAUUUGUACAGCUUUUGAUAAUCACCUUUUACAUACCUAUGUAAGCUUAUUAAAAGAAACUACAGAUGAAGCAUGCAAAAAUAAAUCCUGAAGAAGUUGCCCCUAGUUCUCCAUUGUUAAGUAUUUGUUACCACGUUAAUUGUUUUGACAAUGAAAUUCUAAAUAAUAAUAAAAACCCCAUCCCUACGUAUCUUAGGAAGGUUUCAAAAGACUUGCACGUUAGUAAUGUCUUCAGGAUGCCGUGCGCAGACCUGUCAGAGCUGUGCAGUUGCUGCGUUACAGCAGAGUGUGGUUGUGAGCCUGUUAGCACCUAAUGGGUUAUCUUGAUCUUGCUACCUGCUUUUAAAAGGAAAUGUAAAAAUAAGAGCUAACACAAGCUACUGUGGAUCUACCAAGAGAGGGGAGAAGUUAAAUUUUUAGAAGUUGUAUUUUAGAAGUGCAUGACAUGAUUAACUUGAGUCAUGCGGUAUCGCCUGUACCAAUUACGGGAGUGAAAUCCUUUCCAUUGUGUUACCCCCUUACCCAACACUGUAAUGGCAUCCACGAGGUCAACUACUGAAUGUUUUGCAUUUUAAAAGCCUUAAUUGUUUAUAUUGUAUUAAUGUGUUUUUAAGACUAUAAGGAAACAACAUUUUCCUUGUAAAUUGUUAAAGUAAUUUUGAACACUUCAAUAAUUUUCAGAGAAGUCUACUUCUGUAUAUUAACACCCCUUUUUGUUUGUGUACCGCAAAGAAAAACUGUUUAAACUCUUGUUACCUUUUAAAGUGUCUGCAGUUAUAUCAGCCUCUCUGUAGUUUAAGGUCUUUACCCUGAUGAGAUUUAUUUUGGUUAACAGUCUUCUGAAAUUCAUUGUAUGUAAAUAAAUUUAAGUGAGUAAACUUAAAUAAACAUUUCAUUUAGGUAUUUAA